GCCUUGUUCUGGGUCGGUUCUAUUUUAGUUGUUUUUGUUGUCCUCCUUAGAGUUAUCAUCUCCCCCUGUUCUCUCUACCCAGCCCCCAAGGCCUCCACUGCGCAUGCGCCCUGCAUCCCUUUCCCUUCCCCUCCUGGGUACCAGUCGGCGCUCCCAGGCCCUCGCGGGCGGAAGCGAUGGAUCAGCGUCACGAGCGCCCGGCCCCUUAAAAACGCUGCUGGCUGGAGCCGCCUCCCUCCCAGCAGCCCGCGGCAGGGAUGGAGUGAGGGGAGACCGACCCAUCGACCUGCCACCCACAGGGACGAGCGAUGGAACUGAAGCAAUCUCUAUCUACCCAUCUGGAAGCCGAGAAGCCUCUGAGGCGCUAUGGAGCGGUGGAGGAGACGGCGUGGAGAGCGGAGGGACUGGGGAGAAGUCAGCUGGACAUCAUCUCCAUGGCAGAGACAACCAUGAUGCCAGAGGAGAUCGAACUGGAAAUGGCGAAAAUCCAGCGUCUCCGGGAAGUUUUGGUCCGACGGGAGUCAGAGCUCAGGUUUAUGAUGGAUGACAUUCAGCUGUGCAACGACAUCAUGGACCUGAAGCAGGAGCUGCAGAACUUGGUUGCCAUCCCAGAAAAAGAAAAAACCAAGCUGCAGAAGCAGAGAGAGGACGAGCUAAUCCAGAAGAUCCACAGACUGGUGCAGAAGAGAGACUUCCUGGUGGAUGAUGCAGAGGUCGAGCGGUUAAGGGAGCAGGAAGAAGACAAGGAAAUGGCUGAUUUCCUGAGAAUCAAGUUAAAACCUCUAGACAAAGUAACUAAAUCUCCAGCCAGCUCCCGAGCCGAGAAGAAAGCAGAGCCCCCGCCUAGCAAGCCCACAGUGGCCAAGACCGGGCUGGCACUCAUCAAGGAUUGCUGUGGGGCUACCCAGUGCAGUAUCAUGUAGCCCCCGUGUGGGGUGCCCCUGGGGCCACGGGGACUCCCCCUCCCAUCCACUUGUCUUCACAGCCCCCAUGUCACCGGGGCCCAAGAGCUCUCAAAGGCGGAAGGGGUUGAAGGCAAGCCUGUGACUGCCGCCGGGGCUGCGGGCGCAGCGGGCGGGCCCAGCCGCCCUGUACAGAGUGUAGCAAUAGGGAGCCCCUCACCGUCGCAUGGCCCUCCCCAGAGCAUGCCGAACCCAGGAGUCUGUCUCACUGUUUAUCCAAACCACCAGGAAAAGGUCCUUCCUAAAAAAAAAAUAUAUAUCUCCACUUCAGUCUAGCUGUACCUAACCCACCGUGCAAAUGACUUGGGAGAGGGGCAUGACCCCCAGGUGUGUAUAGUUGCGACUUUUCAACAGCCUAGCACCCUGUUGGACACAUCCCCCGUCUACCCUCCUCGCUCUGCUGUCCUUUCCCAGGGGCUGUGCCCUGGAGGGCUCCACACAGCCCACACACCUUGGAGGCAGAGGGCCCAUCUGUAAAAGUGAGCUUGUGUGUGGUGUCACGGUCACGUCUCCCGCUUCCCUCCCUCCCAUGCCUGGGCACGGUUCACACCAGGACCCUGUCCAUUUGCUCUUGGUUCUUCCUUCCCUUGCAAUGGCUGCCCAGGUAUGUGGAGUAGAGGGGAUGGAGCCUGGGCUGGAGCACGCCCAGUGCUUGGAAGAGGCAGCAAAAUGCCAGAGGCUCCAUCACCAAGGCAAGGCAGACAAUCAGGGGACCCCCAAGCAGAUGCUGACCCAGGCGCUCUUCCCCAACCCCAGGGGCCCCCAGAAGGAGUGCCAGAGGACCCCACUCACCAGCCCAACACACAGACCUCUGUAAACGACAGUGGCAGGCAGGAGAGGCAGCCUGACCCAACCGUGUCCCAUCGUUUGGUGGUGUACUUUAACCAGCCUAGCAAGUCCACCUGUGUAACUUGAUGUACAUAAGCUACAGCCAGCUGGGCACAGCCCAUGUGACUUCCGUACGUGUGUGUUGUGACCGGCCUAAGUAGUUAGCAUAGGUUUGCUGAUGUGCAAUCAUCCAUCAAAGAAAAUAAAAGCGGAAACCACGUA